AUGGCGACGAAACUCAUAAUCAAGAAAGCCACAAAAUCAAUUCACCAACGAAACUACCUUCGCCGUCACCGGAAUACUCAGAUCGGAUGCUCACCUUCACCGGCUGCAACCACCGUAAUCGCUUCCAUCAACAAAUCGAUUUACAGAUGUCACCGAAGCAUCCUCUGUUUAUUUUCCCGCCCUGCAACCAAAGGAUUCAAAGUCCUCAAAACUCGCGGCGGCAACGACGAUUUCCGGAAUAAUAAUCAUUAUCCGUUGAUUCACGAUAGAUCUGGUAAAUCGUUCGACGAGACGAAGAAGACGAUUGUUCUGGAUCUAGACGAAACUCUCGUUCACUCAUCAAUGGAGAAACCAGAAGUUCCUUACGAUUUCGUCGUGAAUCCGAGAAUCGACGGUCAGAUUUUAACGUUUUUCGUGAUCAAACGGCCAGGAGUGGACGAAUUCUUGAAGAAGAUCGGUGAGAAGUACCAGAUUGUUGUAUUCACGGCGGGAUUGAGAGAAUACGCGUCGCUUGUUCUCGAUAAAUUGGAUCCGGAGAGGCGUGUGAUCGCGAGGAGCUUUUAUAGAGACGCUUGUAGCGAAAUCGAUGGGAGAUUAGUGAAGGAUUUAGGGUUUGUGAUGAGGGAUUUGAGACGUGUGGUGAUCGUUGACGAUAAUCCGAAUUCCUACGCGCUUCAACCGGAGAAUGCUUUUCCGAUUAAACCGUUUUCGGAUGAUUUGGAUGAUGUUGAGUUGAAGAAACUUGAAGAGUUUUUGAAUGGUGAUUCUUGUGACAAGUUUGAAGAUAUGAGACUUGCUUUGAAGGAGUUUGUUGGUUAA